UCUUCAUUUUGAAUGAAAGAAAAACAAAAAUACAUCAAUGAUUAGCAAAAGAAAUUAUUAUCAGCCAUGAUCAUUCGGUUGGAUAGGUUCGGUCUCGAUUGAAAGAAAUAAAAAAAGAGAGAUGAAAGAAAAAAGGAUCGUCAACCAUCAACCACCUGUUUUUGGCCAUCAUCAUCAUUUAUUUUAUUCUCGAUUAUUCUAACUAUAUUACCGAUUUGUCAGGGUACUCAAUCAUUCUAUGCACACCGUAGGAUUAUUUCAGACAAAAAGCAAAUGGUUGAUAACAACGAAUAAUAAUAAAAUUCAAUGACCACAAUAAACAUGGCAAAUGUCGAUGUCAUCGUAAUGAUUAUGGACGAUUCUUGAAGAUAAUAUUGACGAUGAUAAAGAAAAAAACUAUCUGACUGACUGACCAUGGUAAAUAAAUAUUCGGCAACAACAACGAAAUAGCCAACAUUAUUAAUCCGGUUGUAUAUAGUUGGUUUUGUUGAUUAGCAAGUGAAAAAAAAUCAUCCAAUUUUAAUUCUGGUCAAGUCACUUUUGCUCUCAAGUAUUCAUGAUCAGUAUAAUCAGUAUCUGAGAAAAGUCAGGUAUAUAUAAAAACCUAAUCAACCAUUUGUCAAAUCUUCAAAUCAGGUGUGUGUGUAUCUUUUGUUCAGGUGGUGAUCGGUGCUGUCGAUCACUUUUUUUUUUUCAUUUUUAGUUUUUACUUUGUUUUGUGGUCAGUUUUUUUUCCUAUAAACAAUGCUCAAUAUAUGGUUGUUGCUUUUAUUAAUAAUCGGAUCGUCUAUAGCUGAUCCGAUUCCGUUGACAUCCGAUGUAAAAAAUGAUUCUGAACGGCCAAUCGUUUCGGUUGUUCCAUCCGAUUCGACACAACAAGCUCCGAUUGUUGCUGGUCAACCAGAAAAACAACCACGAACAGCAGCUGCGGCAGCAGCAGCAUCGGCCGCUGCAUCAGCAGCUUCUAUUGUUUCAUUGGCCAAUAUUACAUUUAAUCCUGGUCCAAAUUCAUGUCCACCAUCACAUCUAUUUGCACCUUGCGAUUGUUUUGUUUAUGAAGAACGAGCACGUAUUAUACGCUGUAUGGGCGAAUAUAAUAUCGAUUUGAAUUCAAUCUUUCAACGAUUAUCAAUAUAUUUACCGAAACCAGAAAAACAUUUCCAUAUGCUGUAUCUGAAUAAUACAAACAUUUCCUAUUUGGGCAAUGUACUGCAUGAUAUUACAUUCGAAUACAUUUAUUUCGAUGGCGCAUCAGCAUUGGAAUUUAUUGAUCCAAAUGCAUUCGAUAUAACAGGACCGUACGUGAAAGAAGUUCGUGCAUUCAAUACAAAAUUGAAACAAAAAUCUCUUGAAGAUUCAUUGAUGGGUCUUUCUAGUCUACUACAUUUAACCGUAUCAAAUGUUGGUAAAUGUCCACCUGAAGAAGUGACUAGACCUUGUCGUUGUGAAUAUCGUAUGGAUAAUUGGCAAUGGGUACAAGCAAGAUUUACAAGAUUUGUUUGUGGUGAAGAUUCUGAAGAAGAUCUUCGUAUGCAAUAUGUUCUUAAUGCUAAUCGUACACGUGAACAAUUUGCCUAUUCACAAACACGACGAUUACAAAUUUAUUUUGAACGUUUAAGUGAAAAUCUAGCCAAACUUGGUUGGCAAAAACGUUUUGAUGAAUUUGUCAUUCAAAAUUCGGCUAUAUCGGAAAUUCCUCGAAAUCUUUUUGGUGAUAUAAUUUUCUAUGGAGUUAAAUUUGAUAAUUGUCCUGAAUUGACGGCCAUUCAUCCACAAGCAUUUCAAAUAACUGAGCCAUUCAUUGAAGAAUUGACCAUACGUCGUACACGAUUAGGAAAUGAACGAUGGAAAUUACGUGAUACAUUCAACGCCAUUACCAGUUUAACUAAUCUGCGUGCACUUUAUCUUCAAAGUUCCGGACUGAAUGCAAUACCACAUCACGCUUUUCGGCCAUUGAAAGGACGAUUCCAACGAAAAUUGGUCAAAAUUUCCAUCAAUUAUCCAAAUGUUCGUGAAAAUUCCAUUCGUCAAAUUGGAAGCUAUGCCUUUUAUUAUCUAUCCAAUUUACGAUCAAUAGAUUUGUCCGUAAAUUCGAUUGAAAAAAUAUAUAAAAAUGCUUUUUCAUUCCGUUGGGAAUCAACUGAAAUGUUGACAAUAAAUUUGGCUGGAAAUAAUCUUACUGAUAAUAAUAUUGAAUCUGGUGCAUUUGUUGAACUACAACGGCCAGUGAAAGUAAUUUUAGGACAAGGUGAAUUCGGUAAUCCUGGACUUCGACAUUUGGAAGAACGUGUAUUCCGGCCAUUAUUAAACGAAAAUGAAAAGAAUAUAAUUACAUUAAGUUCAUCGGAACAUCCAACCAAUGGUAAUCGGCUACAAUGUGAUUGUCAAUCACGAUGGAUUUUCAAUGAAAUUGGCAAAGUACGUAAUGGUCUUCGUGAUAUUAUGUGUGUAAGUAAUGGUAGCUGGGAAUGUUUACCACCAUGUCUUGUAUUUGGCCAAGAUCUACUUCAUUGUGGUUCGAAUCAAUAUUUCAAUAUUGAAGAUGUAUUCUAUUCAUUAAAUCGUAAUCUACAGCCGGAAGAAAAACAUUUCAAACGAUUUAUGUUGUCCAAUUUACAAAUCGAAUCGAUUCCAAACAAAAGUUUUGGUGAUAUAACAUUCGAAACAUUCGAAUUAGAUGAUUGUCCUAAUCUUAAAUACAUCGAUGAAAGGGCUUUUGCAAUGACAAAACAAAAUCUAACCAAAAUUGUCAUCAAAAAUACACCACAAUUACCUGAAAUGCGUUUCUCAUCAUUUCAAAAUCUAAAAGAAUUGGCCAUUAGAUUUGUUGGCAAAUAUCGUUUAACAGAUGAAUCCUUUAAAUCAGAUCUUCCCACAGAAACAUUGCUUCGACUUCGAAUCGAUGUUGAUGGCCUACUACCAUCAUCCAUCGAAUCAAAUGCAUUAAGCUAUGCUUAUCGUCCGAUUAAUGUUCUUCUUGAACAUCCAGAAAAUAUUGGUAAACAAGAAUGUAAACUAUUGACAUUGGAAGAGGAAAUUUAUGCACCAUUUUUGGCUGUCAAUCCAGAGAACAAAAUUCGUAUCAAUAAUUGCCCGAUUGUUUGUGAUUGUUCCAUAAAAUGGCUGUUUGAUGCACCGAAAGAUUGGUGGAUGCGUGUCGAAGCUGGUGAACCAAACAUAGGUCUACAAUGUGAUGAUUCACGUUCAUUGUAUUUUUAUUCGGAUUAUGAUUUCCGUUCAUGUCCAAAAACAAAUCUAUUGAAAUAUUUUAUUCCGGAUUCGGAGAGUAAAACUACAAGUGAAAAAUCAACAUCGUCUAUCAUAAGUCCGUCAUCAUCUUCAACAUCGGAUUCUGAAGCAAUUUCAGCUUCAUAUGCAUCAAGUGAUACGAUAGCCAUUACUGGUGCAACAACCGGUGUAGAUAAGGUCAAAAUUGACGAACAAAUUCCAAUUGAACCAAAACAACAGUCAACACAAUCUAUUGCCGAAGUUAGCGAAUCAAAAACAUCAGAUGUUGACGUCGUCGUACCGGAAUCAAAAAAUGAGCCGGUAAUUACUGAUGGUGAAGAACAUCCAUCAGCAGCCACAAGUGGUGUUGUCAUUAAACUUGCAGAUGUUUCUGGAGCAAGUGUUCCAUCAUCACCGGCAAUUGCCACAAGCGAUCCAAUAGCUGCUAUUCCAUCGGCUGAAUCAUCAUCAUCGUCGAUCGUCAAAGAUGUUUAACCAAAAAAAAAAAUAAAAAAAAAUCAACAACAGAGAUCUCAAUAUUGAAAAAACCAAAUUCCAAUCUAACUAUCCAUUCAGUGCCAUCUAUCAGUACUGAUUUAAAAAUUUAUUCAAGAUUUUUUUUUUUUCAAUCCCAGUUUCUUAUUUUUUUUGUCUCCUUGAUUGAUUAAUGAAUUUUUUUAACUUGUGACACACUACAAGCUACAACAAAAUCAAUCUACUUAUAUACACACACACAAAUAGAACCUGGCCAAAUAAUGGGCCAAUUUAAUGUGAAAUGUGCCAAAUUUAAGGAAUGAUAAGCUUAUUUAAACAAAAAAUUUCAAAUUAUACCGAAACAAAAAACAA